GGUGCUAUCGCGAGACUUCCGGAAACUGCUGCGUGGCGCCUGCGGACGCAGUUACCAUGGCAACUGGGCGGCGCCUGAGCGCGCGGGAAGGAGGCUUAAACAGAGAAGUCUGGCCUGCUUGGUGGGGGAGACUUGAGGCGUGACCCAUCUCAGACUUCCACAGCCUCCGCUCUGGGUCCCCGAGGCCAUGGGUCGGAUCUCCGGGCUCGUGCCCUCUCGGUUCCUGACGCUCUUGGCUCAUCUGGUGGUUGUCAUCACUUUAUUCUGGUCCCGGGAAAGCAACAUCCAGGCUUGCCUGCCUCUCAAGUUCACCCCCGAGGAAUAUGAGAAGCAGGACGUCCAAUUGGUGGUAGCUCUCUGUCUCACCUUGGGCUUCUUUGCGGUGGAGCUGGCCGGCUUCCUCUCAGGAGUUUCCAUGUUCAAUAGCACCCAGAGCCUCCUCUCCAUUGCAGCCCACUGUAGCGCAUCUGUGGCCCUAUCUUUCUUCAUAUUCGAGCGAUGGGAAUGUACCACAUACUGGUACAUUUUUGCUUUCUGCAGUGCCAUCCCAGCUCUCACGGAAACGGCUUUAUUCAUCGCUGUCUUUGGGCUGAAAAAGAAACCUUUCUGAUCACGACCUGGACGUAGGAACCAAGGCUUGAAAAGUGAUGAGCUUUCUCUCGGUGGUGGAAGAAGAAAGACAGUUUUUUCUCUCCCCACUCUUAUGCCCCGCCCACUGCUUCUAAGCAGAGGAUGGCAGUGUUGGGAUAAGAUCUCUCAAAUCUUGGCUUAUAAUUUUAUUAGAGCCUUGUACUAAAAUACAUUUUUUAGUAAGAG